AUGGCGGUGCUAAGGCGUGGGCCUGUGUUGCGGGCUCAUUUCUGCUGCAGUUUUGUUCCUUCGGUUACGUCAACGCGUAAGUGCGGAGUGUUCCAACUGUACUAUAAGGAAACCAUGCUCAAGGACCAAAGCUCGUCUGCCUUGGCCUGGAUCACCGCCCUGCAGAUCUUCCUGCUCUUCAUGUUCGGUCCCGCCGUUGGGAAAAUGAUUGAUGUUUGUGGAUGCCGCAAGACGCUCCCACCAUUCAGCAUUAUGGCAGUAUUUUCAGUGUGCAUGCUGAGCUUGUGCCCCGAGUUCUGA